AUGUCCAGCGAAGACGCGAAAGAUGUCCAAGAUACGAUACAAACGGCCCAGUUCCAAGCCUUAGAACCUGAAAAGCUUCAUGAGCAGCUGAAGACAUGUGGCCUUACACUCUUUGGAACCGGAAACGACUGCGUUUGGUACACCAUCGCACAUCUACUUGGCUCGAGUGUCGACAAGGUUAAAAUCGCCACCGGCUUAUCGCCUACGCCAGGAACAAGUGGAAUCCAUGCCAAUGCCGUCAAAGGCCUACUGACGUCUUUGGGCAAAACAUUCUACACUGCCGAGAGCGACCUCCGCUGGACUCUAUUUGAUAGAAGAACAGGAGAUGGGUUUCAAGACGUUGAUAGCUUCCAUAGUUUGGAUAACAAAGCUAUCGGCGUUUACUACACGCGGCAAGAUGGAUCCGGUCACUACGUCGUGUACGAACCCGUCUUCAGUCUGGCUAAGAAAGAUGUACGUAUAAGAGAGCAGGACUGGCGCGAGCGAAGACGUAAAGACUACGAAGACAUGCAAAAAAAGUGGCGUGAAGAGAGAAGUCUAGAAGAGCGGCGUAAAAGGAAUCUCAAGAGGAGCGGCAUACCCUGUAACAUUGAUGAUCCCGAUGAUCUUGAUGAUGAUGAGGAUGAGGACGAUGAUGUGACCCAGUUCACUGUGUUACCAACACUACAGCACUACGGAGGACAGGGUGACAACGAACAAGUGAUUGGACCAGAAGGAGCGGAACAGAUUGAGGAAUCAGGAUUGGGGCUGAAUUAUGAGGAGAGCGAUGACAUGGACACUAGCGGCGGCUAA